AUGGAGAUCCAAGACAUCACAGUAUACACAUACGAUGCCAACUACAGUUUUGGCACUUACACAAUGUCCGGAGGCCGCUCCGCGACCGGUCAGCCAUCCAUCGUCGUCCGAAUCCGCACCAAGGACGGCAUCGAGGGCUGGGCGGAGACAGCGCCGCUCGACAGCAACUACCUACCGAGCUCCUUCACAGGAGAACUUGCCGCGCUCAAAGAACUGGGACCGCACGUUCUCGGCCUGGACCCCAGAUCACCAGCAGCCAUCAACGUCGUCAUGGACCGUAUCAUGAUGGGCGGCACGGCCGCCAAGGCCGUGAUUGACAUCGCUUGCUGGGACAUCCUCGGCAAAGCAGUCGGGCUUCCCACCUCAACCCUUCUCGGCGGGUGUCUCACCGAGAGUCCACCAGCUUUCGCGGUCAUCCCGGUUGAAGACCCCGAAGCCGCCGUCAAGCAGGCCCUGGAAGAAGUCACCAAGGGCCUCACGGCUCUCCAGCUCAAAGUCGGCGAUAACCCCCUCAGCGACGCCCGUCGCGUCCGCGCCAUCCGCGAAGCUGUCCCCGAGACCGUCCAAGUCUGGGCCGACGCCAACGCCGGCUGGAACCUCGAGCAAGCGUUGACCUUCGCCCGCGCCCUGGGCCAGGACGUCGCCGUGCAGCUCGAGCAGCCGUGCCGCGCGCUCUCCGACUGCGCCGAGUUCGGCAGGCGCACGGGGAUACCCGUCGUCCUGGACGAGAGCGCCGUGACGAUGGCCGACCUCGUCGCGGGGCACGCGGCGGGGGUCACGGGUGUGAAUAUCAAGUCGUCUCGCGUCGGGGGGUUUACCAAGGCGCGCGCGAUGCGUGAUGCGGCCGUGGCGCUUGAUGUGGUGGUCGUCGUUGAUGAUCCGUGGGGCGGCGCGUUGACGACGGCGCAGAACUUGCAGAUUGCGGCGUCCACGCGCCCGGAUCGGUUGAGGGCUGUGGAUUUGUUUGCGGAGUGGACGAAGCCGUUGGUCGCGCCUGAGGUUCCUAGGAUGCAGUCGAACGGUAGGGUUAGUCGGACGACUGCUCCGGGAAACGGGGUCGGGGAGGUUGAUAUGGGUGUGCUUGGAGAGCCUUUGUUUCAGAUUGCUUGA